GAAUUUCGCUUGGCCCAGUGGGUGUUUCUCAAAAGUUGCAUUGCAGUCGGGAGAGAGAAGCUCGCGGCCCUUUGAAGAUACCCUCAUCGACAACCAUCUCGCCACACCACCCCCGAACCGACCGGCAAGAUGAAGUACAUUCAUUCCGAGGAGACGCUGGUGAUCCCAGAGGGAGUCAAGGUCCAGAUCAAGGCCCGACAGAUCACUGUCGAGGGACCCCGGGGCAAGCUGGUCAAGGACCUGUCCCACAUCGCCGUCAGCUUCUCGACGCCCAAGAAGAACGUCAUCGCCAUCCACAUCCACCAUGGUGUCCGCAAGAACGUCGCCGCCCUCCGAACCGUCCGCACCCUCAUCAACAACCUGAUCAUCGGUGUCACGAAAGGCUUCAAGUACAAGAUGCGAUACGUCUACGCCCAUUUCCCCAUCAACGUCAACCUGGACAAGAACUCGGACGGUGUCUAUGAGGUCGAGAUCCGGAACUUCAUCGGCGAGAAGCUCGUCCGCAGAGUCAUCAUGCAGUCCGGUGUCGAUGUCGAGAUCUCCAAGGCCCAGAAGGAUGAGCUGGUUCUGUCCGGCAACUCCCUCGAGGCCGUCUCCCAGUCCGCCGCAGACAUCCAGCAGAUCUGCCGGGUGCGAAACAAGGAUAUCCGAAAGUUCCUUGAUGGUAUGUACGUCUCGGAGAAGGGCAACGUUGUCGAGGACGCAGCGUAAAUGGAGACCAGGGUCCUCGGUCUCGAUUUCUUUGUGCUUUUCUGGGUUCACGGAGUGGCAAGGGGUUCAUCAAUUUGGGGCACAUGCAUGUCAAGUAGCAUAACGCUACGGAAUGGAAAAGAAUCGGAAAUUUGACGAAUCGAUGCUUUGCUCCUAGCCAGAAUGAUGGCGACCCAACGACUUGAUUCCUCCCGAGCGGGACGUGACAGAUCAAAGAUGGGCGUGAUUGGAGUGCUUUCAGAGAUGGCAUGGAACGGUGUGCUCUUGGUGCCUCUUGCCGAUGACGAAGCCGCGAGCAGAACUAGAAAAAUGCAUGGUACCUCACCAAUCAAGGCCUCGGGGCUGUCUGACAGGCAUGUUGAGUGGGCUGGAUCCUCGAUGGUUGUCCACGGAGCUUUCGAGGUUUCGAGUUGAGCAGCUGGCAUGACGUUGACAAGCAGCUGAUGGGACCAAGUCCCGGAGACCACCGAUUCGCAUUCAAGACCCUGCCGCAUGAGACGGGCCUACAGGUCCGGGCCAGUGGUUUUCAUGGGGCUACGUUGGGCCGGAUAGCCUCUACCUUUGUAAAGGGCCCGCACGGUCCCGGAGGGAGAACUGGGGCGUGGCGGGAAGCUGUAAAUCUGUGAAAAGAGUCUGGCCCAGAUGAGAACACAUGAGAUGCGUGUCACUUUUGUACGUGCCAUUGAGCGGGGCUUGUCGUCUUUGUACCGGAUCUCUCUGGUCGUCCAAGACAGGACAUGUCUGAAUAUAUGACAAGGGUUUUCGGGUCGGGCAACACGGUGAAUGUUCGAAUUCCUGUCGUCACUGCAUGUAUUGUUGAAGGCCACACACAUCGAGUAGGGCCUUAGCAAAACUGGCUACUAUACAGACCGCAUAGAGUGCCUAAGGUAGGCAAGGUACCUACUAUAGCGCUCCCCUAGGGGUUUUUAAAUAUAGUCUCUAGAUUAUCCCUUCUACUUUAAAAUAGUACUUUAAAUAGUCUUUAAUACCUUAAAAC